AUGGUUCCAUUUGCAAGGAACCCACGUUUUGUCGGCCGCCAGCACGAAUUGCAACAACUUAAAGAAUGGACUUCAACACCAAAUGGACCCAGAAAGAUUGCCAUUGCCGAACUAGGUGGGGUCGGAAAGACCCAGGUGGCUCUCGAGCUGGCAUAUCAAACCCGAGACGAUGAACCGAAUUGUUCAGUUCUUUGGCUCCCAUGUAUUAGUCGGGAAGCUGUUGAGCAGGCGUACCUCGCUAUUGCGAAGACGCUUGGAAUCCAUGCCGAACCGAACUUCGUGAAAACCCAGGUCAAGUCCUUUCUUUCCCAGACCAAAGAGCAAUGGCUUCUUAUCUUCGACAACGCAGAUGAUAUGGAUAUGUGGACCAGUGAGAAGGAUCAUGCGUCCGAAUCAAAAGACUCGGGAAGAUUGUCAGCCUUGAAAGACUUUCUUCUUAGUAGCGACCACGGCCGUAUUGUCUUCACCACUCGCAGUCGACAACUCGCUGUGAGAAUGGCCGCUCCCUCGAGCUAUGUCAUACAACUUGUCGAGCCGAAUGAGGCGGACAGCAUGACCAUCCUGCAGAAGUCACUGAUCGAUAAGAAUUUACUUGACGACACGGCGACUGGAAUGGCUCUCCUUGAGCAACUGAGCUUCCUCCCAUUAGCCAUCACUCAGGCUACAGCCUUCAUCAAUGAAAAUGGAAUAUCACUAUGUGACUACUUGGAUCUUCUACGUGAACAGGAAGAGGACGUCAGUGACCUCUUGAGCAAGGACUAUGAUGACGAGGGACGCUAUGAUAACCUCCAAAAUCCACUGACUAUCUUUAUCUUAUGGCGUGUAUCAAUCCGCGAGCUAUCCCGAGAGUCAUUUCUUCCCGAACCAGAAUCCAAGCUAGCAAUGGUCGAGGCCUUGGGUCUUCUUGGCGCUUAUUCUUUUAUUACUUCUCAUCAAGGAGAUGGCUCUGUUUCCAUCCAUCGACUAGUCUUUCUGGCGACUAGGAACUGGCUAAGAAAGGAGCAGAAGCUAUCCUCCUAUAUUGCGAAGGCAGCAAACCGAUUCAAUCAGGUAUUCCCAAGAUACGAUCACACAAAACGACAGCUGUGGAGGGAAUGCCUACCUCAUAUACUUGAACUGAUGGAAGAUGAUGCGUUUAAGAAGAAACUGAAGAAAGGCUUAUAUAUGGAUCUUCUCCGCAGAGUCUCAUUUUGCUUAUAUGAAGACGGCAGGUAUCAGGAGGUAGAGCUGCUCACUCGUCACCGAAUAGCAUUUCUUGAGGAUCUGUACGGAGAUAAUAUAUGGGAAACUUUGGAAUGUAUGAGUUUCUUGGCGCAUCUGCAACUGCGCCAGGGAAGACUACAAGAAGCAGAGGAGUUUGGUGUUCAGGCCGCACAUAUUAGCAAAGAGGUACUGGGACCCGAUGAUAUAUUGACACUGGGCUGCAUGCAAACGUUAGGAGAUGUUUAUAAGCAACAGGGGGGGCUCGAUGAAGCCGAAAAACUGCAGUCAAAAAUACUAAUUACUCGACGGGAGGUGCUGGGCUCGGACCAUUACGAUACUUUGGAGAGCAUGGGGUACCUCGCGCUGAUUUAUAGAAACCAGGGACGGUACAGAGAAACAGAAGAGCUGCAAACGCAUGUGCUGAAGAUUCAGACAGAGGUGCUUGGACUGGAGCACCCAUUGACCUUAGCCACGAUGCAUAAUCUAGCAUUGGCCUAUUACUUUCAGGACCGGUUCAAUGAAGCAGGACACGCGAUGGAGCAGGCAUUCCAUACCAGUGAGAAGGUGAUAGGCCUGGAACAUCCCGAUACUCUGAGAUCCAUGAUGAAUCUUGGGAGAAUCUAUAUAGCGCAGUCGCGUGCCAAGGAUGCAAAGGGGCUGCUUAGACACGCAUUGGAUAUUGCCGGUCAUGUCCUAGGCGGAGAUCAUCCAGAUACCUUGAUGACAAUGUCCCACCUGACAGCAUCAUACACUUACCAGGCGCGAUAUCGGGAAGCGGAGGAGCUCGAAGGACUUGUGCUCAAACUUCGCACCAAGACGUUGGGACCAGCACACCCUGACACCUUGGACAGCAUGUACUUCCUCGCCGGGACCUGGAGAAACAUGGGCAAAAUCAUUGAUGCCAUCCAUCUGAUGGAGGAAUAUGUCGAGUUCAGCACUCAACGCUGGGGAGUGGACAAUCCAGAGAUUGUACGGUCAAGGAACGUCCUCGAGCACUGGAAAAGGCUGAACGAGGAAGAAGCGCACUCGUCUGACAUUGAGAAGACAUCUGCUACUGAAAUGCCUCCCGGCAUCGGAGACUCUUCUCUCGUACAAGAGACGUCUGAUAUGGAAACGAGCCCUGACAUUGAUGACACCCCGGUCGACGAUGCUUCUGAUAUUGAACCCCACGAGGCCAAAGAGACUCCCUUUUGCGAGACAGAAUCAAGCCUGGCACUUCGCUUAUCACGCGCGUAUCCAUACCUCCAGGCUAUAGGGCUCCCUAGGCCUUACAUGACUUCACCACUGGGUGUCCUAUAUGCAGUGUCCGGAGUUACAACUACCCUUCCCCAGUAA